AUGGCGCUCUCGAAUGCCGCAGAGCCGGAAAAUGAGCACUCAGAUGCAUCCGAGAACUCUGAUGUGAACACACCCGAAAUCCAAGACCGCGCCCCCAAGCGCCGGCGCCUCUCCGAGUCCUCGAACGACUCAUUCGUCGCUGCGGCGCCGCUCCCCGCCCCGUCACGCAUAAAAAAGAAAGACAAUACCGAGAAGAAAAAGCCCGCACCGACGGACGAACAGAACCCGGUCUUAAUAAAAGAUGCAUUGGAUAUCGGGUUGCGGAGCGAAGAGUCGAGCUUUGCGGCUCUGGGUGUAGCGCCGUGGCUGGUGGGUUCGUUGACGACGAUGGCGAUCCGCCGGCCGACGGCUAUUCAAAGCGCCUGUAUUCCGGAGAUUAUGAAGGGCAGGGACUGCAUUGGUGGGAGUCGGACGGGUUCGGGGAAAACGGUGGCUUUUGCGGUUCCGCUCAUGCAGAAAUGGGCGCAGGAUCCGUUUGGGAUCUUUGCGUUGGUGUUGACGCCGACUCGAGAACUUGCGCUGCAGAUCUUCGAACAGUUCAAGGCUAUCUCUGCGCCGCAGAGUAUGAAGCCUAUUCUCGUCACUGGUGGCACGGACAUGCGGCCGCAGGCGAUUGCGCUCUCCGAGCGACCUCAUGUGGUGAUUGCGACGCCAGGCCGAUUGGCCGAUCACAUAAAGACCUCGGGCAAAGACACAGUAGCCGGGCUGGGACGGGUGAAGAUGGUCGUGCUGGAUGAAGCAGAUCGAUUGCUAGCCAGCGGACCGGGAAGCAUGCUUCCGGACGUGGAGAUCUGCCUUUCCGCACUGCCGCCCUCAUCGGAGCGCCAAACCCUACUUUUCACGGCGACGCUGACGGCCGAGGUGCGGGCGCUCAAGUCCAUGCCGCAAACCGGGGGCAAGCCCCCCAUCUUCGUGACCGAGGUCGGCACCGAAGACCAGGGCAGCAUCCCGUCGACUCUCACGCAGACGUACUUGAAGGUGCCGAUGACGCACCGUGAGGCCUUUCUGCAUGUGCUACUUUCCACCGAGACCAACGUCUCCAAGCCCGUCAUCAUCUUCUGCAACCACACCAAGACUGCCGAUCUGCUGGAACGCACGCUGCGCCGGCUCGCCCACCGCGUUACCUCGCUGCACAGUCUUCUUCCGCAGUCUGAGCGUACUUCCAACCUCGCCCGUUUCCGUGCCACCGCUGCCCGCGUGUUGGUCGCCACUGAUGUUGCGUCCCGUGGUCUCGAUAUCCCGUCCGUCAGCCUCGUCAUCAACUUUGAUGUGCCGCGUAACCCAGACGAUUACGUGCACCGUGUCGGUCGUACCGCCCGUGCUGGACGCACCGGUGAAGCUGUGACGCUGGUCGGGCAGCGCGAUGUCCAGCUCGUGCUGGCCAUCGAGCAGCGCGUCGGCCGGAAAAUGGAGGAGUGGGCUCAGGAGGGUGUCAAUGUGGAAAGCCGCGUGGUCCGAACCGGAGUGCUGAAGGAAGUUGGCUCGGCGAAGCGCGAAGCGGCGGGCGAGAUUGAGGAAGGCCGAGACGUGCUGGGUCGGAAGCGGAAUAAGCUGAAAAAGGUUCGCUGA